UCACGAAGCCGGCAUAAAAGUCAAGAAUUGCUCAUCUUUCACUGGCGUCUUUGGCAAGGUGAAUAAGGGAAAAGACCUUGACUAUAUAAUAUAAAUCAUUAACCUGUAUGUUCUCAACUUUGAGGAAACCAAGUUUUAUAUUUGUAGAAUUCAAAAAAAUGGCGGAAGCUACAGUAAUUUUUUUCCUACAGAGACUGGAGUCUCUAUUACUUCGAGAGAUUGAAACCUUCACCGGACUCGAAGAUCAAAUGAAAAUGGUAAAGAGAACAAUCAAGGAGAUUGGAUGCUUCUAUGGAGAUAGAGGCAAUACUGAAGGCGAUGCUGCUUUUUCUAGGUGGGAAACUGAACUUAAGAAUUUAUUUGAUGACUUGGAUGAUCAUGUUGAUGAGUUUGUUAUUCAGAUGGAUCAGCAACAAGGGUCUGAUAGGUUGGGAUUGAUAGAUUGCUUCGGAACUAAAUUGCAGAAGAUAGAAUCUCGACUUGCUGAAACCACUCACAAAAUGAAAGAACUCAAGAAUUCAAGCACCACUGCAGGUGGCAUGGGAGAAAAAAGUGAUAUCAAGGAACAAUCUCACGGAGAGGAAGAAGUUCAGAAAGAAGUUGAUUCGAUUGCCAGUGAAGCAGAGAAGGAAGAGAAUGAAGGUAACAGAGAACAAUCUGAUGGAGACAAAGAAGGUCAGACAUGGGUUGAGUCUUCUUCUGUUCCAUUCAGAUUAAAAUACAAUAGCUUACCUUAUUACCUUAGAUCUUGUCUGACGUAUUGUUGCAUCUUCCCUGAGAAUUACGGGAUAGCUAAGGGGAGAUUGAUCCGAUUGUUGGUAGCCGAAGGUCUGAUACAAGAAAAAGCUGGUCAAAUAGUGGAGGAUGUAGCAGAGGAAAAUAUAAAUGAUCUUGUGAGCCAGGGAAUGCUUCUAGUAAAUGAUGACCUCCGAGAUAAUGGAACUAAAGUCACUGUUUUCUCUCCUUAUCGUGUGUUCCUUCGCAAUAGCUACAUAACAGCUCAUCCUGAUUCAGACUUUUCCAUUCCACGUAAAGCACGCCGUAUUUUAACUCCAGAUUUGACGAAAGUUGCACAGAGUUUAAACAAUAUCCAACCCCGGUCUUUAUUCUUGUUCGGGAAGCAAGAACUUUCUGGCGAGAACUGGCUGAAUUUCGUAGGGGCAAAAUUCUUACGGGUGCUAGAUCUAGAAGAUGCCAAGAUCAGGAGAUUACCAGAUGAAGUGGGAGACAUGAUUCACCUGGCAUACCUUGGAUUGAAGAACAAUGACAUAAAUGAGCUUCCAGAUAGACUUGGUAAUUUGCGAGCACUCCAGAGUUUGGAUAUUAGAUGGUGUGGAGACUUGACAGAACUAUCAACCGAGAUCCUAAAGCUUGUAAGACUGAGGCACCUCAAAAUGUUCAAGAGCAGAAAUGUUAGCGGAAUGAAGCUACCAGGGGGAAUAGGUACACUUGGAAGCCUCCUGACCCUUACUGGUGUCCAUGCCGGUGGCGAAAUUGCAGGAGAACUAAGGAAGCUGACACAGCUAAGAAGGCUGGGAGUGAUGGAUGUUGCGGAAGAGAAUGCAAACGAGCUAUAUGCUUCUAUAAUGGUGAUGCAGGGUCUUCUUUCCCUAUCUCUAGAAGCAAAGCACACUUUUGACCAAGGUCACCUUGUCCUCCGGGAUUCGUUCUCACCACCGUCUAUUCUUAGGAAACUCCGCCUUGAAGGUCUUCUAGAAAAAACACCAAACUGGCUUGGUUCAAUGGGAAGUCUUACAAAGCUAAGGCUAGGUUUUUCUCAUUUAUCUGAGAAUCCAACAUUAGUUCUUCAGGUCCUACCUAAUUUGGAAAAACUAACCUUGUGGCAUGCUUAUGAUGGAAGGCAGUUAGGAAAAGAUUUCUGUAAGGCUGGUGGAUUUCCCAAGCUUGAGGUUCUCAUCAUUGCCUCUCGUGUUCUUGAGGAAUGGACAGAGCUCGAGGAGGGAGCUCUUCCAAGAUUAAAGUAUCUUCACUUCCAUAGCUGCUUGAAUCUGAGGAUGCUCCCUGAAGGUUUGCAAUUUGUCACUACAGUGGAGGAACUGGUUUUGCUGCCUUUGCUUGAUGAGCAUGAAGAAAGAUUGAAACCUGAUGGUGGGUUAGAAAAUUACAAGAUUAGGAACAUUCCAAAGAUAACAUUCAUCCCUGCAUCUGUGGUGGCUUCUAGGUUCAAUGAAAGGUUCAGCACUCCCCCAACCCCAGCAACUGAUAAAGAAUGAACUCAUCUAGCAUAGUGACAUGUUUCUGUUAUUUCAGCAUGCAGUUUUAUGCAGGUGGUUCUAAUUUACAUAUUUACCAACAGUGUUAUUUAAGAAUAAAGUCAUGUGUGGCCACUAUUUCAAUAA